CUGUGCAGCACGCUAGACAGGACACUAGUUGUGUGUGCCAGACUGCCAGAGCGUGCACGCCCAGUUCCGCUCCUGCUGUUCCCCAGACCACCCUCGUCCCUAUUCGUCGCAUUCGCUCGUCUCCAUCUGCAGUCUUUAGUCUCCAUUUUCCAUCCUCCUCUCCAUCUGACUCUACCCUUACUACUACUACUACUACUACUACUACCACUACCGCUCACUACCACUACGUCUCCGUCUCCGCCUCCGUCUCUCUCCGCCCACUCCCGAUUCCGACCUCUCCCAGACUCUGGCAACAAGCAGCACCACUUCAGCGCCGCAUCAGCAGAGCAGCACAGCAGCAGCCCUUGGCACUGUCCACCGUCCCCACUGCUGCGACCCUCAAACUACCAACCGUGACCUCGUCCCUUCUCGCCUCCUUCCAAUCCCGCUGCUCAGCCCGACAUCAUCGAUCGCCAUCUGCUCUCCACCGCCUGCCGCCUUGCGCCUCGAUCCCUCGCAAAUGAUCGACCGCAAUCCUCGGCGUCGACUCUACAAGCGACUCUUUAUUUCCAUCCUCGACGGCUUAAACGCUCCCAUCCUGGCUUGAAGGCCACAUUCCAUCCGCCAUGGCCUUUGCCAUGGGCUGGCGAAAGCCAGACAAUGUAGCCGGGUCGUCCGCUCCCGCAAUCAUGAUCGGCAUCUUCGUCGCCUCCGGAGGCCUGCUGUUCGGAUACGACACGGGCACCAUCAACGGCAUCCUCGCCAUGAACGCUUUCAAGGAACAAUUCUCCACCGGCUAUUCCCGUAACGGCUCUCCCUCCAUCUCCCCGAGCGAGACAGCAAUCAUUGUCGCCAUCCUGAGUGCUGGCACCGUCGUCGGUGCUCUGAUCGCGGCCCCCGUCGGUGACUUCUGGGGCCGGCGCAAGUCUCUGAUCGGCGCUGUCACUGCCUUCAACUUCGGCGUCAUCUUCCAGGUCUGCGCCCAGGCUAUUCCCAUGCUUGUGGUAGGAAGAUUCUUUGCCGGCGUUGGUGUUGGUACUAUUUCCGUGCUCGUCCCCAUCUACCAGGCUGAGAUGGCCCCCAAAUGGAUACGAGGAACCUUGGUCUGCUUUUACCAACUCUCCAUCACUAUUGGAUUACUCACAGCAUCCAUUGUCAACAUACUCACAGCCGACAUGAAGGGUGCUGCUGCAUAUCAGAUCCCGCUCGGCCUGCAGUUCACCUGGGCAGUCGUUCUGUCACUUGGUCUCCUCAUCCUCCCCGAAACACCUCGGUACCUUAUUAAGCGAGGACUGAAAGACGCCGCCGCCAUCUCUCUCAGUCGCCUGCGACGGCUGGAUAGGCUGCAUCCCGCACUACUGGAGGAAUUGGCAGAGAUCGAGGCCAACCACGAAUACGAGUUGGCCCUGGGACCUGCUACAUAUAAGGAUGUCAUCUUCGGCACGCCGCAUCUGGGACGACGAACGCUCACCGGCUGCGGGCUUCAGAUGCUUCAACAAUUGACAGGUGUCAACUUCAUCAUGUACUACGGAACAACCUUCUUCGUCGGCGCCGGCAUUGGGAACGCGUUCCUCAUCUCCUUGAUUAUCAACAUCGUCAACACCAUAUCCACGAUCCCGGCCCUGUUCAUCAUCGAAGCAUGGGGUCGCAGAAAGGUCCUGAUAUACGGCGCUGUUGCCAUGGCCAUCUGUCAGCUACUCAUUGCCAGCUUUUCCGCAGCCGUCGGGAAGUCGAUGCCCACGACCGCCAACCAAAUCCUCAUCAUCUUUGUCUGCAUCGACAUAUUCUUCUUCGCCGCCUCGUGGGGACCCGUGGCCUGGGUCAUCACAUCCGAAAUAUACCCCUUGAAAGUGAGGGCCAAAUCCAUGUCAAUAUCCACGGCCUCGAAUUGGCUCCUGAACUUUGGUAUUUCCUACGGAACUCCAUAUAUGGUAGAGGAGGGUGCGGGCUACGCCGACAUGGGCACCCGGGUAUUCUUCGUAUGGGGAGCCUUCUGUGCCGUCGCGGCCGUCUUUGUCUGGGCCAUGGUCUAUGAGACGAGCAAGAUCAGCCUCGAACAAAUCGACGAGAUGUACGAACGGGUGGCGUUCGCGUGGAAGAGCGAACACUUCGAGCCGAGUUGGAGCUUCCAGGAGAUGCGCGACCUGGGCUACAGCGACAGCGGGGUGCCGUCGCAAGAGCAGGAGCUGGAGCCAACGACGACACAUCAGUCGGACACGGCGUCGAGUAGCUCCGUGACCGGCGUCAACUCAUCCAAUGCAGACGAGAACAAGGCAGUCUCGCAGAUUGGUCACGUCGACUUCAGCUACUAAUGACCCUACACGGCUCUUGCUAUUUCUUCUCAUUUAUGUAUAAGCCUACGGACGCAGCGGUUGAAGCGAUCAUUUGGUCACACAAUUCCUUGGGUAUCAGCGUUGGAGUUCAUCUGGUGGAGUUUUUUUAUGGGAGGCAGGGGGCUCUCGUUUAUUAUUUUUUGGAGUACUUUGAAAGGCUCAGGACAAACAGGGUCAUGAUAUCAAGUCUUGAAUGUUUCAGGAUCGGGGCCAAGGGAUACCACAUUUUACUUUUUAUAGCCCUCUACUUGAGAGGGCCAGAUACCAACAGCCCCAAGUAGCAGAGGACCUGAGAUGACAGCGCGACACCAGCGCGCGGCACGCUCACGAGGUCUGAGGCCUGUAUAGAAUAGCGCGUGUGUGCAUGACAGCAUCAUUGCGAAUGGAAAUCCAAAAGUUUUCACUCCA